AAAGCCGAUGUAACAGCAGUUCGACCACAAUUCUGUUUUCGUUUUAUACCUCUCAUCUAAAAGCAACGACGCAGACAGCACUGCUAGCCCACUAAUCUGCGACGUCGAUCCAGCCAGUGCGGGAAACAUGAUUCGUCUUACUUUGGCGUGUGUACUGUGCCUGGUCUGCAUGACUCUGGCUGCCGAGAUCACCUCGAAGAAAAAGAGCAAGCGCUAUGCUGAACUGUUCUUGGACUCCCUGGAUGAAGAUGAGAUUGAUCAGGCGCGCCAGCAGGCGGAGGCACGUCGUGCAGCCAUCGGCCAAACUAUUGCGAAGAAAGUCAACAGCACUUCAAAUGCCAUGCAGAGGCGCGAGCCAAGAACAGAUCAAAUGACGCUGGAAUGCUGCAGAAGCCAAGAGAGCGGACUUCUGAUCUACCGCUACGAGAAUCGCCGUUUGACCCAGCAAGCGGCCCGCGUCAACUGCCUGCGAAACGGCGGAGAUCUGGCCGGUCCCCGCAACAUGCAAGAAUUCCUCGCCUUGGCGAAGUUAAUCCUGCCAUUCGCUGAAAAGGGUGGAGUCUUCUUGCAGUACAACGAUAAGAGAGCGGAGGGAACAUUUGUCGAUAGCCGUGGAAAUCCCCCUUGGGUCAGUAACUUUGAGGAGGGUGAGCCGAAUGACGCUGAUGGUGACGAAGACUGCGUGGAAAUGAACGGGCGCACAGGGAAGUUCAACGACGUUGGCUGCAAGGAGGAUCGUCAUUCUGUCUGCGAGUUCAGGAUUAAGUAAAUCCUAAAAUUAUAACUCCUGUACAUGCAUAAUGUUGCUAGUACUAGCUGUGGUGGUAGCAGCUAUGCUGACUGGUCUGCACGAGUUUGAAAGUAUCGUUCUCUCCCCGAGGUCUGUAUUCACUGGCUAAACAAAUUGGUAAUCUGGGCUUACAUGUACGGAUGUACUGUGGAUCGUAAACCGAGUGCUGAGGUAUGUGAAUAUUCUACUCAGGUAGAGUGUUACAGGUUUCUUCCGAUCUUACUGCAGAACGACGCAUACUGUUUCACUGCAUGCUUAGCACUCCAGCUUGGUUGCAGCUUUUGUCCAUGAGUUUUACCUUCUGAGCUAUAGAAACCCAGGCCAACCACCAUACCAUCUCAUCUUUCUCUAUAGUUCCCCUUCUUGCCCUUUUACUCCAUAUUCCUAGCCUCUCUCUGUUACAUACUCACGUGUCCUACACACACACACACUCUGGUCAUCUCAAUGUGCUUGCAAGUAGAUGAUAGUGUUCAGUACCAACGCA